AUGGCAGCAAGACUUGAUGACUUUAUUAUUUCAGUCUUAAAUGCCCCAACAUUUGAUGAGCAAAAGAUAGUUAUUGCUAAUGAGCUUGCCGCAGUAAGAACAUUCAUUAGAGAUUGCGACUUAAAAUAUAAACCUUCGUUAAUAGCGAAGAUAAUGUUUCUUGGAGUUCGCGGUGACAAUGUUGCCUGGGCAAAUAUCGAAAUUGCUAAUUUAAUGGCAAACGAACGCCCGUCAUACAAAAGAAUCGGAUAUCUUGCCGCAAUCAAUUUAUUCGAAAACGAAAAUGAUUUGAUGGUAUUGAUUACCCAUACUAUGGCUAAAGAUUUAAAGAGUACAAAUCCUUUAGUACAAAUGCUUCCUCUCACAUUAUUAGCUCAAAUAGGAACAGCCGAUAUGUGCAGAGAGCUUUCAACGCAUAUAUGUGAUUUACUUAGCUCCGGAAACCAAAACAUCAUCAAACGCUGCUGUGCGGCUAUGUAUCAUUCUGUACUUUUAGUUCCUGAUCUUGCAGAAAGAUUCAGACCAUAUGUGCAUAAGCUUUUAAGUAGCUUUUAUCAUUGUGUUGUAAGUGCGACUAUAGACCUCGCAAUCGCUUUAAUGAAAAUAAAUCCAGGUCUAGUUAAGGCUUGGCAGCAAUUUUCAGGCCCAUUCACGAAAAUUAUCAGUACCUUAUACGAGACAAAGCCGAUUAAGGAGUUUGAUUUCUUCCAUUUCAACGAUCCAUUUUUACUUACAAAAAUUUUGAGAAUUGUCGCUUGUUUACAGACACAAUCCGACGAACUUGACGAUUUGCUCUCAACGAUCGUCGCAGGAGUCGAUGUUCGUCGUAAUACAGGCAGAACAAUCUUAUUCCAAGCGAUUCAGACUAUUAAAAUCUGCGCGAAGAAGCCAUCACUCAGAUCUCUCGCUUACAAUCAGAUUGGACGCCUCUUCUCCCUUAAGGAUCCCAAUGUUUUGUACUCUGCCUUGUCAACCUUUUCCAGGGUUCUUUAUUCGACCGGUCCUCUUGAUCGUUCUAACGCUGAUAGUGUUGUUCUACAGAGAUACAAGUCGCAAGUCGUCACUUGUUUGAGUCAUAAAGAUCCAUCAAUCAGAAGAAGGGCUUUGGAUGUUGUUGUCGCUCUGGUUGAUGCGAAUAACGUCGAAACUCUCAUACCUGAUGUCAUGGGAUAUCUUUCUAUGGCAAAUGCUGAUUUCAGAACAGAAUUAGUCGCAAAAUUAUUCACAAGUAUAACAAGAUUCGCUCCGAACGAGAACUGGAGGUUCGAAACAAUCAGAAAAUUAAUUAUCGAUAGCGGUGCUUACGUCGGUUCCGAGGUUAUUACGAACUUUUGCAAAUCUAUCAUGACAAGUGACACAUUACGUGAUAUUGCAGUCAUGCAGCUUGCAAAAGAUAUAGCUGAGAACCCGGAGAACCAGGCUCUCAUACAAGUUGGAGCUUUCCUUUGCGGAGAAUACGGAGAAGAUGCGACAAUCUUGCAAACUCUUAAUAAGAUCAUGCUUAUGCCACAGACAACCGUCGAAACUAACUGCUACGUAUUGAUUGCGAUCGCCAAACUUGGUGAACGCCUUGGACUUUCUGAUCAAGCUGCAAAUGUUAUCGGAUACUUCGCUAAUUCAAACAAUCUCGAAUUACAACAGCGUUCUGGAGAACUCAUACGUAUUCUAAAGCACUCCAGACUUAGCGCUCCUUUACUUGCUCCAGCAGAUUACGAUGCUCAGCAACCAUCAACGAUUAAACAGCCAACAGAGGACGUAGAUUUACUUGGUGGAUUAUCAGAACCAUCACAGCCACAGCAAUCUUCAAAUCAACAAACAGAUGCCGUUGCAGAUUUGCUUGGUCUCUCUGCUUCACCAGUUAAAGUCACUCCUCAACCACAACAACAACCGAAACAAAAUACACAGCAAAUUCAGCAGCAAAAAGUCAAACCGCCAGUUCAAGUUCAAAAUACAGCUCCAACAGUUGUUCAACCACCGAAUACAGUGCAAGUUAUUAAGACUAACGAUUACGUAAUAUACUUUGAGCUUCGAAAGAACGCCGCAAAUCCGAAUCAGUUGGCAAUUCGUGCUCAUUACUUCAAUCUUACUAAAACUAUGUUGGGUAAAUUCAAGAUAGCUUACCAAGUACCAAACAACUUCAUUUUCCGGGUUUUGCAGCAGUCAAGUGAAGAUUUACCUCAUGUUGGCUCUCCUGCUGUAACUCAGGUCGUUCUGAUACAGGCAAAGACACCAGGACAACUAAUGAUGAAGACACAGAUUACUUAUCUUUUCGGAUCGCAACCUUUGACAGAUAAUGCGAUAAUUCCGAAUACUGUUUUCCAAUAA